AUGGAGCUUAUAUUAACAUUGCUUAUUGGCUGUGUAUUCGGGGAGAAUAUAAGUUUUAUCUCUGACCCUGGAGUAUAUGGGCCACCGCUUGAGAUUGCUCACGCAUAUUACCAACAAUGGCCAACUGGAAUUGCGGUCUCGAGCACUGGGCGCAUGUUUUCCAAUUACCCUGGUGGGCUCGAUCCUAGUAACGUUUAUAAUGGUCGCAAUGAAGUAUUCGCUGUUGGAGAGCUUACCACGCUCACAAGCGAGGUUGCCUAUCCGAGUCUAGAGAUGAAUCGACCACCAGGAGGAGCGAUUAACUAUUCUACGAUACCACCAAUAAGUGUGAUGAGUGUGAUGAGUACUACUGAUGGCGUCCUCUUAGAAGCAAUGUACGGUGGUCCAAAACUCGUCGGAGUGAACCUCACGACCAACACAGUAUUCAAGACAAUCGUCUUCCCGAGUACUGUCGCAUACGGGGACAGCUAUUUGAACGACGUGCGCUUCGACCUUCGUCCUAACUUAUCUGAUUCUUCAGGUGAAGGAUUUGCAUACAUCACAGAUAGUAGUACCUCGGGUCACAACGCGCUCAUCAUCGUAGACCUCGGCUCAGGCGAGAGCUGGAGGCAUCUUGGACUGACGAAGUCUGUGAGGGGCGAGUCCCAGUUUCUGCCAUUCAUUUGGGGUCAGCCUGGUUACUACACCCAGGCCAAAGAGCCUUAUUCAGGGCUUUCCAUCGGAUCUGAUGGCAUCGCCUUGUCUGCCGACGGAGAGACGCUGUAUUGGUGUCCACUCGCGUCUCGGUACAUGUACAGCGCCCCGACAGCCAAGCUCCGUGCACGAGGAGAAGCUAGUGAACUCCUCGCCCAGCAAUCGGUGAUGAAUAACGGACAGAAAGGCUUAAGCGACGGCCUUGAGACUGAUAGCAAUGGUCUGAUAUAUGUUGGUAAUAACGAGGGGAAUGCCAUUAAUAUGUUCAACCCUAGUAAUGGAAUGGUCUUGACAUUCUUACGAGAUCCGAGAAUCAACUGGGUAGAUACAAUGUCAGUUGCGACGGAUGGAUACUUAUACUUCACGGUCAACCAGCUCAACUUCGCUGCGUCUACGUAUCCCGGCAUAGAUAGGAGAGUGGCUCCUUUUGCGCUCUUCAAGGCCAAGCUUCCUAAUGGUGGUUCUAAGGUAUCAUCUCGUUGA